AUGGCUGUGAUAACGUCCACCUCUCUGACAGCGUCCGAACGUGCUGAUCUUACGAAAAUCCUUGCCAAGAUGUAUCCCCACGAUCUAUUCGAAGACAAUCUUACCUCCGAGACGAGUAUGCUUAUCGUGCAUUCUGGCAGAGACAAAUGGGCGCAGAGCCGUAAAUACCAACAUACCAUUAGUUCGCGGCCCGACAUCCGGCUUGUGUCAUACGAAACCGUUCUUAAUGCGUACAGUUCGUGGCUGCGGGGCGACGAGGUGGGCCUGAGGCCCGAAAACCUUGAGGUGAUGCCAGUUUUCGACAACGUGAGCGUGUCGAUCAGCCGGCUGGAGGCCGAAUUGAGCGCGAAAAUCAGACACAUGGUUGAAUCAAACGGUGGCAGCGUGGUUGAGUCGAUCAGCAUGGUGUCGGACGUGCUCGUGACCACCGUUCCUGAAGGUCUGCGGUACUCCAAGGCCCGCGAGUGGGGUGUUCCCGUGGUAUCGCCAGACUGGGUGUAUGACAGCGUUGAGCGUGGCGGCAUGCUCAGCGUGACGGAGUAUUUUCUGACGGGAGAAAAUAGCAAGGGCCGCCGGGACGACGCGUGUGACUGGGAGAAGGUGCGGGCAUGGAAGCAGGCAGAGCAGGACAAGUUGCAGACAGAAAAAGCGAAACGCAGUUUUGACACGCACGAUAAAGAGCGCGAUCUGAAAGUGCGGAAAGUCGAUAAGACAAAUAAGGUGUGGAAGUCGAUCAUGGGCAAUAUUAAGGUGUCUAAUUUGAGACGCGGGCUCGAAGACAACUGGAGUCAGGAACAGGAGGAGGAAGAGAGUCUUUCGCAAGCUUCUGUGCUGGAUGCAAGCCAGGUGAGCACGGAAUCGGUGCUUUUUGAAGGGGUGUCCUUUGCACUCGGCUCUGGAUAUACAGACUCGCAAAAAAGCAUACUCAAGAAGGUGAUUACAAGCCACCGCGGCAAAAUACAGGACAAUGCGGACUAUACGGUUGUGAGCUCGAUGCUGGACUCCAUCUCUGCCGGCGCAGGAGAUCACGUGAUUACAGAGCUUGCUCUGGAGCGAUCGAUCUACUACAAGACCCUGGACUUCGACAGCAUGUGGUCGCGACCGUUUGUUCCGCGUCCGGAAAACGAGGCAGCUUUAUUUGAUGGUGUUCCGAACCGUGUAGUGUCGAUCACGGGGUUUAAAGGCGUGGAAUUGUCGCACCUGGAAAAACACCUGGCUAAGCUGAAGUCUUGCCAGGUGAGCAGUGUAUUCUCGAAAAGCACGGGGCUGUUGGUAUUCAAUGAUGAGCUGCCUAAAUCUGAGCUUCUAACAAAUCAGAAGCUUGUGCUCGCAGCCAAAUGGCGCACAAAAUGUAUUUCUAUCGCGGAACAAAUUGGCCGUCUGAGUGCCCAGUUCCACGCUUCGGUGUCUGCACUAUAUGCGACCAGAAGCACAGGACAGGAGAUUGUUUCCAUUGAAGAACGGAAGAUCAAAAUCACAAACCUUGAGAGCGGUGCUCACUAUCUGGACAACGUCCUGGAAUUUAGUCCUACGGGGCUUUGUUUGAGCCCCAAUGACGACUUCUUGUGUCUGUACGACAGUACGCACUGUAGCGUGGUGUCCUUGAACGAGCCAGGCUCCAAAGUCGGUCAUGCAAUCGGAUACUCUGUCCGUAUCAACCUACAACACAAAGAAACCAUUGUGCAAAUUAUCUUCAACAGGAUAUCGCAGUUUGGCGCCGAGCUGGUGAUUUUGACUACGGAUGCCAUCUACAACGUUGAUCUCAACUCGUCGCUGACCAAACCCACCCACACGUACUGGCUCAGGACAGGCUCGCCGCUCGCCAGCACAGACUCUGUCGACGUAAUAGACCCGGUUUCUCUUGCGUUUGGAUCAAAUACAGAUACAAUGAACCCGCGCGGCGACCUGACGCUGCUAAUUUUGUCAUCAGAUUCGUCCAUCUACAAAAUUUACCCAUAUCUUCCGGCAAACAUCGCUGUUUCCUCGUCGUGGUUGGGCGCGUUGUUCGACUACGCGAGUCUCAAGUACAACGCCAGCGGCGCACAAGACCUGUCUACGGUGUCGAUGCUGAAAUUUGCUUCGCUUUUGUCGCAGUCGAACGGCCAUGUCCGCGCCAUAAAUAAGGUUCUUCCUUCAAGUCUCAGCAGAGGAAAGCUGGUGGGGCCUUUGAACAUCCAGCCAUUUCCAGACGAGCUUUACGAGCAGGAUGCGCUGAAACUGAUCUCAAUGGAAAACGACAUGUUCUGUGUUCUGUACAAUAAGGCUCUAACGGUGCUCUUUGACGACCAGGAUCAGCCCAUGGUCUUCGAUGGCCACCGGGCCGCAGACUCGGUCGGCGUCGUCAGAAUGGUCGACUGUUUGCUUUUCGGGUCCAAAACUAUCACCAGCGGCAUGAUUCUGCCAAACAGGCCCACGUCGUUGCUCCUCACGUCCUCCGAGGCAGACCUGCUCCAUGUGGACUUUGCCGACUGGUGGGACAUUCUUGCAGACAGCAUUGCCUCGAACGACCUCUCGGGGCUAAGCAAUUUACUGAAAAAACAGCUGCCAACCAAAGUCAGCGGUCUGGGCAAAGUCAAGCUGCCAACCACGGCCUCCAUAAGUGACCCUGCUUCGUUCCAGUACACUGUCCCCCACACUACAGCAGAACACAAGAUCGCGUACGCAUGGAAUUAUACCCACUCGUACGCAUUUUUAGGAUCGUCUGUCUUUGAGGUGUGUGCUCCUACGCAGCCAUCUGCCCCUGUGGACACCGAGCUGGCUCCUCAGGACGUUUAUGAAAAAUACGAAACUCUGGAUUUGAAUCCACAGCUGACGGCCACCAAAACGACGCUGGCCAAGGUUCAGAAAGAGCUAUACGCCAUGAACUCCAACCAGCCACUCGCUACAGACACAAGAAGUCUCAAGUCUCUGUAUAAGGUUCGAGAGGUCAUCACCACCGGGCUAAUAGCGUUGUUCAACGAUGUGGCCUUGUUGAACAGAAAGUUACAGCAGAUGCGUAGCCAGUUUUUGGUGCAGAUCGCCACACUAAACGAGGCAGAACUCAACAGACAAGACAGACACAAAAGAUACGAAAGCUCGAAACGGAAAUUAGAGGCGCUGGCCGGCAAGCAAGCAGAAUUACAAAAAAGGGUUUCACAAUUUGCGGCCACCAUGGAAAAACUCGAAAUGCUCACCUCCAACCACGCAAACGAAACGCUCUCUAGGAAAGAACAGGCCUACAAAAGACAGCUCGAAAGACUCCAAAAAUUGAUUGCCGAGAAGCAGAACGAUUUCCAGGCUGUGCAGGAGUAUGUGGAGUCGUUGAAGGACAUGGAGGUGGUAAGCGCGUCGCAGCCGUCUGGCUACUCGCGCGAGGUUGCCCGGAUGAAGGCCAAGCUGGAGCUGAGGACGAGUCUGAUCGAAUCGCUUACUCAGGAACUGAAGAGUACAAGCAUUUAAUUAAUGAUGUGAGACAAAUGUAUAAACCCGAUUUUUCCGAUAAUCUCCAAUUCAUGCGUAACUCCCGACCUAGAAGUCUGUCACCCUGCCGUUGAAACUCCAAUCGGAACCGUGCUUAAGCGGGUCCUGUUUUGGGCCGUUAACCUCGCCCGUCUUUGGAUUCACGUUGCCCUCGAACUCGGGGAUGAUCUUGAACUUGUCAGGCGAGAACGUUCCGACGUCGACCUUGGGUGCUGAAUCGACUUUGAAGCCCAUUUUCUCAUUAUACUCGUCAAUGAUGGUUUGCGUGUUAGCUCUGUGAAUCAGUUUUUCAAACUCCUCCUGGUCGUCCUUGUCGAGUUUUGGCGGACCUGGCGUGACCUUGAAAGCCGAUUUUGAGUUGUAGCACUUCUGUGUCACCAGGGGUGUCUGUCUUGCAGCAAAUAGCGCGCUCCGGCUCAGUAUUGUCUGU